AUGGCCUUGGUCUACCGCCCCACGAUGCAGUUAAGCGGGAUACUGUUAUCGCUGUUGGGAUGGGUCCUGUCCUGCCUCACCACCUACUUACCCCAGUGGAAAAACCUGAACUUGGAACUGAACGAACUGGAGAUCUGGACCAUGGGACUCUGGCAAGCUUGUGUUGUCCAGGAGGAAGGGGGAAUGCAGUGCAAGGACUUCGACUCUUUCCUUGCUUUGCCUCCAGAGCUCAGGAUUUCUAGGAUUUUGAUGUUCUUUUCCAAUGGAUCGGGGCUUUUGGGCCUCUUGCUCUCAGGAUUUGGGUUGGACUGUUUGAAAAUUGGUGAAAGACAACAGGAACAAAAGAAACGGCUGUUGCUGUUUGGAGGAAUGCUCUUCUGGAUAUCGGGGAUUACAGCUAUUGUCCCCGUUUCUUGGGUUGCCCAUUCCACAGUCCAGGAAUUUUGGGAUGAGAAUAUACCUGAUAUUGUUCCCAGGUGGGAUUUUGGGGAAGCGUUAUUUGUUGGCUGGCUUGCUGGAUUUUGUCUUAUAUUAGGAGGAACCCUACUUAAUUGCACAAUCAUCUGUUCAACUGAAGUCCAUCCAUCUUCGGUCCAUUACGCAGUUGCAGAACAGCAAGAUCAGUGUCAACACUUGGAAACUGAAACGAGGCCUUAA